AUGCCUUGGGACGAUGCUCGCGAAAAGCGACUGUUGAUCGAGGUGAUCAUGAUCACCAAUCCAGCCGUUACUCGCUCUGCCUGGGACACCAUUGCAGCAGUCAUGGGAGAUGGUUUAACAGGCGAGGCUUGUCGCCAGAAAUUCCAAUCCAUCAAACGCACCGUCAAACCCGCCAACGGCGCCACCGCCUCCAAAGCCACCAAGGCCACCAAGCCAAAACCUUCAACCUCCUCCGGCACCGCGACCAAAACCCGCAAGCGCAAGGCCAACGUCAACGAAGACGACGACGACGAAGAAGACGACGACGAUGACGACGACGACGACGACGACGACGACGACGACGACGAAGGAGCGAGCCUCUUCACGCCAAUGGCGCAGAAGAAGAUGAAGUCGGAAAAGAAGGUCGGCGGCGAAGCCGAGGUGGACGGCAUCGGCGCCGAAGUUUUCAAAGCUGAAGCGGGGGAAGAGGGCAUUGAUCUGGAGCACGAUGAUCUCUACGACGCCGUUGCUUGA